AUGUCUGAUCCUGAUUUGGACGUCGCGUUCGACCUGGGAUAUGCGUAUGCACAGCGGGACCUUGUCCCCGCUCUGGAGCUCUCCUCGAUACUAUUUGGCAUGCUUACCAUGGCCCUGAUCAUGGCAUGCUACGCUGAAAUGCGCACUACAGGCAUCCGCCGUACUCUGCUCUCAAGAAAACGUGUGGCCCUUGGCACUGCAACAUUUUUUCUCUAUGCCAUGUUCACAGCGCAUUGGGCCCUCACCAUCCGACACACGUACGACCUCCUUUUUGGCGGUUGGCUCGUACCGCAUGGCUUUCAGGGCACCUUCGAUGCGGCACCAGAUAACUUGCAACCCAACUUCGGACCCUUCGUACUGGAGUCUUUCAUGUUUGGUGCAUUCAGCGCUCUCGUCGUGUAUGCUAUCUACCUCUUCACGCAAGGCAUCUCGCGGGCACGAUUGCAGAUGGCGAUGCUGUCAGCGGCGCUCAUCAUGUACGCCAUAUCGCUAGCACACUUCUGUGUCCAAGUUCGUUAUAUUGCCGCCGACAACACUCUCGAGGUCGGAGGGAGCCACUUCUUCGAACCAGGCGUCGCCCCGCUCGCCCUGGUAUCAAUGAACGUCAUAUUUAGCGACGCGAUCGUUCUCUGGCGCGCCUGCGUAGUCUGGCGGCAAAAUAUGGUCGUCUACUCUCUGGCUGCAGUACUGCUCGCGCUCAGCAUAGCACUCAACAUCACAAACAUCGCCGAAGAAGCCCGGAUCUUCUCACACACGCGUGACGGUGACGACGAUCAGCUCUUUAUACAGCCUGCCUUCAGCGACUCAGCGUACGGGACUACUGCUCUGGUGCUGAGUCUGGUUACGAACCUUGCCGCGACGGUCGCUAUCGGAUGGAAAACGUGGAUCCAUCGUCAAAAGGUCCUGAAGUAUCUCCGGACAUCCAACUCGGGCAGCAUCGCGGACAAGGUGAUGACGCUCCUGUGGGAGAGCGGAUGCGUGUAUUCUUUGAUAUGGAUUCUGUAUAUCAUCUCUAGCAAGAGCACCCUGCUGGACAUCCCGGAUCACGACACGUCGAUAUUGGAAGAUACGACCUCGCCCGUGCUAAGCGUCGAAUACUUCAACCGUCUCAUGGCCCAGCUGACAGGCAUAUACCCCACUCUCAUACUCGUCGUGGUGGCCCUCGAGAGAAAGCACUUAGACAACGCCGCCUGGGGCCCGAAUAUCUCCUCCUUGAUCCACACUCCGCCGCGAUCCGACAAUAGGCCGGGUGCACCUUUCCGACCUACGAAGUCGCGAAGAAUUGGGUCCCAUCAGUCUGGAAGCCCCAGUACUCGAACAUAUGGACGAGAGGCGGAUGAAGACGACGUGGGGAAAGCCGUCUUCGUCUCUCCUACGCCUCUGGACGAGAACCCUCCUCCCGCUAUCGAGCUGCCGACAGCGAAGACCUUCGAGCGCGCAAGUCUCCUAUCAAUGGAUAAUGUAUCGCAAACGUCGACGAGUACUGUGUCAGUGCCCCGCCCACAACAGAAUACAACGUCUCUCGUCGUACCGAGCACCGUGACCGGGUCGAAGGCUUUGCCUGCGAUCCCUCGCGCGCCCUUGCCUGGUGCUGCGGUUUCAAGAUCGCCGGGGAACAUGGCACAACCACCGACACGCUCUCUGACACAGAUGAGCUCAGGCGGAGGAGAAAAGGGGAUACUUGCGAAGGACGACCAGCAUGGCUCGAUUGGAGUUCCUGCCUUGGAGGUAAAGAAGGACGCUGUAGAGCUUGAGCUGUACGAUAUGACGCGACUGGUCCCCAACCGCCGCGCCCCGUCGCCUCUAUUCGACUAA